AUGGAUUCGACAGUGGUGUUUGAUCGUUCGUCUAGUCCACCUAGAUUUCUUAUCUACCAAUUUGGUGGCCGAGAAUUUCAAAUGUAUUCUAAAAGAUCACAGUCAUUAUUGCUGGGAAUUUAUGAUAUUGAUACAAUCUCACUAACAAUUAAAGGAUUUGUCUUGUCCAAAACUUCGUCGUAUCAUAUGGAAUUUCUCAAUCAAAUAUCGUCCAAUGUCAAGGAUCCUUCACAUUUGUAUGAAUCGAUCGAUAAAAUUACAAAACAAGAAGAGCUUAGUAUGCUGUUCAGAGUCGAAUCGAAACCUUACGGUGAUACUGAUGACACAAGUGAAGAUGACGAUUAA